AGCUUGAAGUCGAAAUCUUUUUUGCUCAGUCUUCUUUGCUUAAUACUCAGUUAUAAAAAACUGAUAGCAUUUAUGUUAAUGAAUCCAACAGCAUUAGAAGGUCGAAAGAAUCUCUAUAAGUCUUAACAAUAACUGACUUGUACAAGCAAGGUAGUAAAAACAAUUAUAGGAAUAUUUUUAUACUGUUAUGCUUGUUUAUCAUAGUGCAAUAGUAGAGCCAACGUGUUACUCAGUGUGCUGUUGAAUAACACCUCACUGUUUACUAAUAAAGGAAAUACAAUGUAGCUACCAGAGGAAGUUUGCUAUAUAUACAUUAUUAUCCUUGUUUAGUUCAUUAGUUGUCUAAGCUUGCAAAAGAAAGGAUGGAAAGGAAUUAUACUUUUACUGGAGAUUUCAGUCCUCAGGCAGUGGCGGGAGUUCUUAGUAUUGAGAUGAUACUAGCUCUCAUAGCUAAUGGUGUUGUACUAGUCAUUACUAUUUAUCAAAGAAAGUCCUGGAAACAAUCAUCAACAAUAUUCUUUACUUCUCUCAUACUGGCACACCUUUUCAUGAUAUUGUACCUUCCAUUCACUAUCACUGCAUUAGCUGCUGGUGAGUGGAUCAUUGGUAGUACUGAUGAGGAGAAGGAAGGAACCUGUGAUUUCACUGGUUUUUUGAUAAUUUAUUGUGUUUAUGUGAUGCUUAUGAUUCUAAGUCUCAUAUCAAUCGAUCGGUUCCUUUUUAUAGUAAAGCCUCAUCUCCACAAGCGGUUCAUGAGUCCAAGGGUAGCUUUGGUCCUUGUCAUUAUUGUGUGGAUAGUCACUGCUGUCCUUUUCUCUUCAGGAUUCAUCAAUGGAUCUGGUAUAGUAUACCAGUACGUAGAAAAUCUAGGAGGCUGCUAUGUGUAUACAACCGGUCCUAUUGCAUCCGUUAUUCGUUAUUUAUUUGCUUCAUUAAUAUUGUCUAUCAUUAUUAUCACAUCAAUUUGGACGUUUUGUUUCACUCGUAAGUUUAUUAAUAAUCAGUCAAUGAUAGUAGGAGAGAGUGUCUAUGCUUCAAAGAAGAAGAGGUUGUUUGGGAUAUUUGGCUCAAUGCUACUGGUCUAUGGGAUUUGCUUUGCUCCUGGUACGUUUCUGUCUUCAUUUUUUGCAAUUAUUGAUGCUCCAGACAAGCUCAACAUCUCAGCUCUUGUAUUAUAUCUUUUGGCCUUUAUCCUGAGUCCAGUUAUUCAGUCAUACUUUAGGCCAGAGAUUAAUAGUGUCAUUGUUAAUAUCAUUUAUCACAAGAUGAUGAAAAAACUUAAUCAAAGUUAUUAUCAAACUACAUCAAGUAAUACAAGUAAAACGAAUACUAAUUCACUUGAUUUGUGAUACUUUUAAACUGAUGA